UCCGUUUGAUUUCAUUUUUUUGGUAAAAAUUGUGUUUUUCUUUUAAUUUUGAAGAUUUUGGGUACAGGAUUUUCAAAAAUUUCAAGUGUCAUCGUUCAAUUAAACUAUCAACGGACGAAAUAUUAUGUAACAGGAGUUUCUAACUGAUCCGUUCAAACAUUAGUAACUGAAAAAACAUUGAUAAAAUGGCAACAUCAUCUCAACUUUUCGACGGAGCUUCUGAAGAUAAACUUAUCAAUCCGCCCAAGGAUUUCCAGGAAAAACUAUGUGCUAUGGAAUAUGAGACUCAAUUCUUCGGAUUUUCUCCUCUGGCGUACUAUGACUUUCUCAAGAAAUACACCUCGAAUCAAAUCAAAACCGAACUCGGAAAACAAGGAGCUUCGAUCUCGAAGCAAGCGGAUGAUGCCGAAACGGUUAAAUGUAACGCUGCUACGGAGAGAUUAAUUCAGAAAACCGAUGAGAGAGUGGAACAAGCAUUCAAAACGAUCGAGUCGAAAUUUCUGAACGUGUUUGCUAUUCCUUCGAACGUUCUAUUACCCGAAGACGAAAUUCAGAAAAAUCAGUACACAGAAGAAGAUCGAAAACAAAUUGACGCUGAAAUAGAAGCCCUCGAAAAGAAAUAUAAAGGGUGUUUAUGCCUGGAAAGUCGUUUCGAAGCAGAACUCGAAGAAUGUACAGCUUUGGAUAACAUCGAAAAAGAACUGAUGAAAGUAGAAGAUAUCAUAUUGAAUAAGCUGAACGGUAAACUUUCGUCUAAAUUGAAAUCUUGGCAAAGUCUUCGGGAUGACUUGAACGAAUAUGAUUCUUUACGUGAACUUUUUAAGAAAGUUGUAGGACUAGAAUCGUAAUACGUUGUGAAUCUAUCCUGACUUUUCCAGGGACUACUUAUUAAUCGAUGUUUGAAUUCGUGUUUAUUAUAAUAUUAUUAUCGCGAAUGUGAAUUUACAUUUAUAACUAUAUACGUACUAAAAUUAUGACUGUUUAAGCUACAUAGAUGUGGAUUGUGGAUAUACUGACACGAUUGUCUCAUUUUAUUUUAUACAUUAUUGUGAGUUUGUUUGUAACUACAAUGUAUUUUUGUGUAUUAGUUUCUGAUUCAGCUUGAAAUUGAAAAUAAAAUUUAUAAUUAUUGUUGUUUCAA